AUGCACUCGUCCUGCCAUUCUGACUCAACCUGCAAUUCUCACCGCCAUCCCUCCCUGCCUUUCCAUCACACCUCCCUGCCUUUCCAUCACACCUCCCUGCCUUUCCAUCACACCUCCCUGCCUUUCCAUCACACCUCCCUGCCUUUCCAUCACACCUCCCUGCCUUUCCAUCACACCUCCCUGCCUUUCCAUCACACCUCCCUGCCUUUCCAUCACACCUCCCUGCCUUUCCAUCACACCUCCCUGCCUUUCCAUCACACCUCCCUGCCUUUCCAUCACACCUCCCUGCCUUUCCAUCACACCUCCCUGCCUUUCCAUCACACCUCCCUGCCUUUCCAUCACACCUCCCUGCCUUUCCAUCACACCUCCCUGCCUUUCCAUCACACCUCCCUGCCUUUCCAUCACACCUCCCUGCCUUUCCAUCACACCUCCCUGCCUUUCCAUCACACCUCCCUGCCUUUCCAUCACACCUCCCUGCCUUUCCAUCACACCUCCCUGCCUUUCCAUCACACCUCCCUGCCUUUCCAUCACACCUCCCUGCCUUUCCAUCACACCUCCCUGCCUUUCCAUCACACCUCCCUGCCUUUCCAUCACACCUCCCUGCCUUUCCAUCACACCUCCCUGCCUUUCCAUCACACCUCCCUGCCUUUCCAUCACACCUCCCUGCCUUUCCAUCACACCUCCCUGCCUUUCCAUCACACCUCCCUGCCUUUCCAUCACACCUCCCUGCCUUUCCAUCACACCUCCCUGCCUUUCCAUCACACCUCCCUGCCUUUCCAUCACACCUCCCUGCCUUUCCAUCACACCUCCCUGCCUUUCCAUCACACCUCCCUGCCUUUCCAUCACACCUCCCUGCCUUUCCAUCACACCUCCCUGCCUUUCCAUCACACCUCCCUGCCUUUCCAUCACACCUCCCUGCCUUUCCAUCACACCUCCCUGCCUUUCCAUCACACCUCCCUGCCUUUCCAUCACACCUCCCUGCCUUUCCAUCACACCUCCCUGCCUUUCCAUCACACCUCCCUGCCUUUCCAUCACACCUCCCUGCCUUUCCAUCACACCUCCCUGCCUUUCCAUCACACCUCCCUGCCUUUCCAUCACACCUCCCUGCCUUUCCAUCACACCUCCCUGCCUUUCCAUCACACCUCCCUGCCUUUCCAUCACACCUCCCUGCCUUUCCAUCACACCUCCCUGCCUUUCCAUCACACCUCCCUGCCUUUCCAUCACACCUCCCUGCCUUUCCAUCACACCUCCCUGCCUUUCCAUCACACCUCCCUGCCUUUCCAUCACACCUCCCUGCCUUUCCAUCACACCUCCCUGCCUUUCCAUCACACCUCCCUGCCUUUCCAUCACACCUCCCUGCCUUUCCAUCACACCUCCCUGCCUUUCCAUCACACCUCCCUGCCUUUCCAUCACACCUCCCUGCCUUUCCAUCACACCUCCCUGCCUUUCCAUCACACCUCCCUGCCUUUCCAUCACACCUCCCUGCCUUUCCAUCACACCUCCCUGCCUUUCCAUCACACCUCCCUGCCUUUCCAUCACACCUCCCUGCCUUUCCAUCACACCUCCCUGCCUUUCCAUCACACCUCCCUGCCUUUCCAUCACACCUCCCUGCCUUUCCAUCACACCUCCCUGCCUUUCCAUCACACCUCCCUGCCUUUCCAUCACACCUCCCUGCCUUUCCAUCACACCUCCCUGCCUUUCCAUCACACCUCCCUGCCUUUCCAUCACACCUCCCUGCCUUUCCAUCACACCUCCCUGCCUUUCCAUCACACCUCCCUGCCUUUCCAUCACACCUCCCUGCCUUUCCAUCACACCUCCCUGCCUUUCCAUCACACCUCCCUGCCUUUCCAUCACACCUCCCUGCCUUUCCAUCACACCUCCCUGCCUUUCCAUCACACCUCCCUGCCUUUCCAUCACACCUCCCUGCCUUUCCAUCACACCUCCCUGCCUUUCCAUCACACCUCCCUGCCUUUCCAUCACACCUCCCUGCCUUUCCAUCACACCUCCCUGCCUUUCCAUCACACCUCCCUGCCUUUCCAUCACACCUCCCUGCCUUUCCAUCACACCUCCCUGCCUUUCCAUCACACCUCCCUGCCUUUCCAUCACACCUCCCUGCCUUUCCAUCACACCUCCCUGCCUUUCCAUCACACCUCCCUGCCUUUCCAUCACACCUCCCUGCCUUUCCAUCACACCUCCCUGCCUUUCCAUCACACCUCCCUGCCUUUCCAUCACACCUCCCUGCCUUUCCAUCACACCUCCCUGCCUUUCCAUCACACCUCCCUGCCUUUCCAUCACACCUCCCUGCCUUUCCAUCACACCUCCCUGCCUUUCCAUCACACCUCCCUGCCUUUCCAUCACACCUCCCUGCCUUUCCAUCACACCUCCCUGCCUUUCCAUCACACCUCCCUGCCUUUCCAUCACACCUCCCUGCCUUUCCAUCACACCUCCCUGCCUUUCCAUCACACCUCCCUGCCUUUCCAUCACACCUCCCUGCCUUUCCAUCACACCUCCCUGCCUUUCCAUCACACCUCCCUGCCUUUCCAUCACACCUCCCUGCCUUUCCAUCACACCUCCCUGCCUUUCCAUCACACCUCCCUGCCUUUCCAUCACACCUCCCUGCCUUUCCAUCACACCUCCCUGCCUUUCCAUCACACCUCCCUGCCUUUCCAUCACACCUCCCUGCCUUUCCAUCACACCUCCCUGCCUUUCCAUCACACCUCCCUGCCUUUCCAUCACACCUCCCUGCCUUUCCAUCACACCUCCCUGCCUUUCCAUCACACCUCCCUGCCUUUCCAUCACACCUCCCUGCCUUUCCAUCACACCUCCCUGCCUUUCCAUCACACCUCCCUGCCUUUCCAUCACACCUCCCUGCCUUUCCAUCACACCUCCCUGCCUUUCCAUCACACCUCCCUGCCUUUCCAUCACACCUCCCUGCCUUUCCAUCACACCUCCCUGCCUUUCCAUCACACCUCCCUGCCUUUCCAUCACACCUCCCUGCCUUUCCAUCACACCUCCCUGCCUUUCCAUCACACCUCCCUGCCUUUCCAUCACACCUCCCUGCCUUUCCAUCACACCUCCCUGCCUUUCCAUCACACCUCCCUGCCUUUCCAUCACACCUCCCUGCCUUUCCAUCACACCUCCCUGCCUUUCCAUCACACCUCCCUGCCUUUCCAUCACACCUCCCUGCCUUUCCAUCACACCUCCCUGCCUUUCCAUCACACCUCCCUGCCUUUCCAUCACACCUCCCUGCCUUUCCAUCACACCUCCCUGCCUUUCCAUCACACCUCCCUGCCUUUCCAUCACACCUCCCUGCCUUUCCAUCACACCUCCCUGCCUUUCCAUCACACCUCCCUGCCUUUCCAUCACACCUCCCUGCCUUUCCAUCACACCUCCCUGCCUUUCCAUCACACCUCCCUGCCUUUCCAUCACACCUCCCUGCCUUUCCAUCACACCUCCCUGCCUUUCCAUCACACCUCCCUGCCUUUCCAUCACACCUCCCUGCCUUUCCAUCACACCUCCCUGCCUUUCCAUCACACCUCCCUGCCUUUCCAUCACACCUCCCUGCCUUUCCAUCACACCUCCCUGCCUUUCCAUCACACCUCCCUGCCUUUCCAUCACACCUCCCUGCCUUUCCAUCACACCUCCCUGCCUUUCCAUCACACCUCCCUGCCUUUCCAUCACACCUCCCUGCCUUUCCAUCACACCUCCCUGCCUUUCCAUCACACCUCCCUGCCUUUCCAUCACACCUCCCUGCCUUUCCAUCACACCUCCCUGCCUUUCCAUCACACCUCCCUGCCUUUCCAUCACACCUCCCUGCCUUUCCAUCACACCUCCCUGCCUUUCCAUCACACCUCCCUGCCUUUCCAUCACACCUCCCUGCCUUUCCAUCACACCUCCCUGCCUUUCCAUCACACCUCCCUGCCUUUCCAUCACACCUCCCUGCCUUUCCAUCACACCUCCCUGCCUUUCCAUCACACCUCCCUGCCUUUCCAUCACACCUCCCUGCCUUUCCAUCACACCUCCCUGCCUUUCCAUCACACCUCCCUGCCUUUCCAUCACACCUCCCUGCCUUUCCAUCACACCUCCCUGCCUUUCCAUCACACCUCCCUGCCUUUCCAUCACACCUCCCUGCCUUUCCAUCACACCUCCCUGCCUUUCCAUCACACCUCCCUGCCUUUCCAUCACACCUCCCUGCCUUUCCAUCACACCUCCCUGCCUUUCCAUCACACCUCCCUGCCUUUCCAUCACACCUCCCUGCCUUUCCAUCACACCUCCCUGCCUUUCCAUCACACCUCCCUGCCUUUCCAUCACACCUCCCUGCCUUUCCAUCACACCUCCCUGCCUUUCCAUCACACCUCCCUGCCUUUCCAUCACACCUCCCUGCCUUUCCAUCACACCUCCCUGCCUUUCCAUCACACCUCCCUGCCUUUCCAUCACACCUCCCUGCCUUUCCAUCACACCUCCCUGCCUUUCCAUCACACCUCCCUGCCUUUCCAUCACACCUCCCUGCCUUUCCAUCACACCUCCCUGCCUUUCCAUCACACCUCCCUGCCUCCCUGCCUUUCCAUCACACCUCCCAUCCUUUCCAUCACACCUCCCUGCCUUUCCAUCACACCUCCCUGCCUUUCCAUCACACCUCCCUGCCUUUCCAUCACACCUCCCUGCCUUUCCAUCACACCUCCCUGCCUUUCCAUCACACCUCCCUGCCUUUCCAUCACACCUCCCUGCCUUUCCAUCACACCUCCCUGCCUUUCCAUCACACCUCCCUGCCUUUCCAUCACACCUCCCUGCCUUUCCAUCACACCUCCCAUCCUUUCCAUCACACCUCCCUGCCUUUCCAUCACACCUCCCUGCCUUUCCAUCACACCUCCCUGCCUUUCCAUCACACCUCCCUGCCUUUCCAUCACACCUCCCUGCCUUUCCAUCACACCUCCCUGCCUUUCCAUCACACCUCCCUGCCUUUCCAUCACACCUCCCAUCCUUUCCAUCACACCUCCCUGCCUUUCCAUCACACCUCCCUGCCUUUCCAUCACACCUCCCUGCCUUUCCAUCACACCUCCCUGCCUUUCCAUCACACCUCCCUGCCUUUCCAUCACACCUCCCUGCCUUUCCAUCACACCUCCCUGCCUUUCCAUCACACCUCCCUGCCUUUCCAUCACACCUCCCUGCCUUUCCAUCACACCUCCCUGCCUUUCCAUCACACCUCCCUGCCUUUCCAUCACACCUCCCUGCCUUUCCAUCACACCUCCCUGCCUUUCCAUCACACCUCCCUGCCUUUCCAUCACACCUCCCUGCCUUUCCAUCACACCUCCCUGCCUUUCCAUCACACCUCCCUGCCUUUCCAUCACACCUCCCUGCCUUUCCAUCACACCUCCCUGCCUUUCCAUCACACCUCCCUGCCUUUCCAUCACACCUCCCUGCCUUUCCAUCACACCUCCCUGCCUUUCCAUCACACCUCCCUGCCUUUCCAUCACACCUCCCUGCCUUUCCAUCACACCUCCCUGCCUUUCCAUCACACCUCCCUGCCUUUCCAUCACACCUCCCUGCCUUUCCAUCACACCUCCCUGCCUUUCCAUCACACCUCCCUGCCUUUCCAUCACACCUCCCUGCCUUUCCAUCACACCUCCCUGCCUUUCCAUCACACCUCCCUGCCUUUCCAUCACACCUCCCUGCCUUUCCAUCACACCUCCCUGCCUUUCCAUCACACCUCCCUGCCUUUCCAUCACACCUCCCUGCCUUUCCAUCACACCUCCCUGCCUUUCCAUCACACCUCCCUGCCUUUCCAUCACACCUCCCUGCCUUUCCAUCACACCUCCCUGCCUUUCCAUCACACCUCCCUGCCUUUCCAUCACACCUCCCUGCCUUUCCAUCACACCUCCCUGCCUUUCCAUCACACCUCCCUGCCUUUCCAUCACACCUCCCUGCCUUUCCAUCACACCUCCCUGCCUUUCCAUCACACCUCCCUGCCUUUCCAUCACACCUCCCUGCCUUUCCAUCACACCUCCCUGCCUUUCCAUCACACCUCCCUGCCUUUCCAUCACACCUCCCUGCCUUUCCAUCACACCUCCCUGCCUUUCCAUCACACCUCCCUGCCUUUCCAUCACACCUCCCUGCCUUUCCAUCACACCUCCCUGCCUUUCCAUCACACCUCCCUGCCUUUCCAUCACACCUCCCUGCCUUUCCAUCACACCUCCCUGCCUUUCCAUCACACCUCCCUGCCUUUCCAUCACACCUCCCUGCCUUUCCAUCACACCUCCCUGCCUUUCCAUCACACCUCCCUGCCUUUCCAUCACACCUCCCUGCCUUUCCAUCACACCUCCCUGCCUUUCCAUCACACCUCCCUGCCUCCCUGCCUUUCCAUCACACCUCCCUGCCUUUCCAUCACACCUCCCUGCCUUUCCAUCACACCUCCCUGCCUUUCCAUCACACCUCCCUGCCUUUCCAUCACACCUCCCUGCCUUUCCAUCACACCUCCCUGCCUUUCCAUCACACCUCCCUGCCUUUCCAUCACACCUCCCUGCCUUUCCAUCACACCUCCCUGCCUUUCCAUCACACCUCCCUGCCUUUCCAUCACACCUCCCUGCCUUUCCAUCACACCUCCCUGCCUUUCCAUCACACCUCCCUGCCUUUCCAUCACACCUCCCUGCCUUUCCAUCACACCUCCCUGCCUUUCCAUCACACCUCCCUGCCUUUCCAUCACACCUCCCUGCCUUUCCAUCACACCUCCCUGCCUUUCCAUCACACCUCCCUGCCUUUCCAUCACACCUCCCUGCCUUUCCAUCACACCUCCCUGCCUUUCCAUCACACCUCCCUGCCUUUCCAUCACACCUCCCUGCCUUUCCAUCACACCUCCCUGCCUUUCCAUCACACCUCCCUGCCUUUCCAUCACACCUCCCUGCCUUUCCAUCACACCUCCCUGCCUUUCCAUCACACCUCCCUGCCUUUCCAUCACACCUCCCUGCCUUUCCAUCACACCUCCCUGCCUUUCCAUCACACCUCCCUGCCUUUCCAUCACACCUCCCUGCCUUUCCAUCACACCUCCCUGCCUUUCCAUCACACCUCCCUGCCUUUCCAUCACACCUCCCUGCCUUUCCAUCACACCUCCCUGCCUUUCCAUCACACCUCCCUGCCUUUCCAUCACACCUCCCUGCCUUUCCAUCACACCUCCCUGCCUUUCCAUCACACCUCCCUGCCUUUCCAUCACACCUCCCUGCCUUUCCAUCACACCUCCCUGCCUUUCCAUCACACCUCCCUGCCUUUCCAUCACACCUCCCUGCCUUUCCAUCACACCUCCCUGCCUUUCCAUCACACCUCCCUGCCUUUCCAUCACACCUCCCUGCCUUUCCAUCACACCUCCCUGCCUUUCCAUCACACCUCCCUGCCUUUCCAUCACACCUCCCUGCCUUUCCAUCACACCUCCCUGCCUUUCCAUCACACCUCCCUGCCUUUCCAUCACACCUCCCUGCCUUUCCAUCACACCUCCCUGCCUUUCCAUCACACCUCCCUGCCUUUCCAUCACACCUCCCUGCCUUUCCAUCACACCUCCCUGCCUUUCCAUCACACCUCCCUGCCUUUCCAUCACACCUCCCUGCCUUUCCAUCACACCUCCCUGCCUUUCCAUCACACCUCCCUGCCUUUCCAUCACACCUCCCUGCCUUUCCAUCACACCUCCCUGCCUUUCCAUCACACCUCCCUGCCUUUCCAUCACACCUCCCUGCCUUUCCAUCACACCUCCCUGCCUUUCCAUCACACCUCCCUGCCUUUCCAUCACACCUCCCUGCCUUUCCAUCACACCUCCCUGCCUUUCCAUCACACCUCCCUGCCUUUCCAUCACACCUCCCUGCCUUUCCAUCACACCUCCCUGCCUUUCCAUCACACCUCCCUGCCUUUCCAUCACACCUCCCUGCCUUUCCAUCACACCUCCCUGCCUUUCCAUCACACCUCCCUGCCUUUCCAUCACACCUCCCUGCCUUUCCAUCACACCUCCCUGCCUUUCCAUCACACCUCCCUGCCUUUCCAUCACACCUCCCUGCCUUUCCAUCACACCUCCCUGCCUUUCCAUCACACCUCCCUGCCUUUCCAUCACACCUCCCUGCCUUUCCAUCACACCUCCCUGCCUUUCCAUCACACCUCCCUGCCUUUCCAUCACACCUCCCUGCCUUUCCAUCACACCUCCCUGCCUUUCCAUCACACCUCCCUGCCUUUCCAUCACACCUCCCUGCCUUUCCAUCACACCUCCCUGCCUUUCCAUCACACCUCCCUGCCUUUCCAUCACACCUCCCUGCCUUUCCAUCACACCUCCCUGCCUUUCCAUCACACCUCCCUGCCUUUCCAUCACACCUCCCUGCCUUUCCAUCACACCUCCCUGCCUUUCCAUCACACCUCCCUGCCUUUCCAUCACACCUCCCUGCCUUUCCAUCACACCUCCCUGCCUUUCCAUCACACCUCCCUGCCUUUCCAUCACACCUCCCUGCCUUUCCAUCACACCUCCCUGCCUUUCCAUCACACCUCCCUGCCUUUCCAUCACACCUCCCUGCCUUUCCAUCACACCUCCCUGCCUUUCCAUCACACCUCCCUGCCUUUCCAUCACACCUCCCUGCCUUUCCAUCACACCUCCCUGCCUUUCCAUCACACCUCCCUGCCUUUCCAUCACACCUCCCUGCCUUUCCAUCACACCUCCCUGCCUUUCCAUCACACCUCCCUGCCUUUCCAUCACACCUCCCUGCCUUUCCAUCACACCUCCCUGCCUUUCCAUCACACCUCCCUGCCUUUCCAUCACACCUCCCUGCCUUUCCAUCACACCUCCCUGCCUUUCCAUCACACCUCCCUGCCUUUCCAUCACACCUCCCUGCCUUUCCAUCACACCUCCCUGCCUUUCCAUCACACCUCCCUGCCUUUCCAUCACACCUCCCUGCCUUUCCAUCACACCUCCCUGCCUUUCCAUCACACCUCCCUGCCUUUCCAUCACACCUCCCUGCCUUUCCAUCACACCUCCCUGCCUUUCCAUCACACCUCCCUGCCUUUCCAUCACACCUCCCUGCCUUUCCAUCACACCUCCCUGCCUUUCCAUCACACCUCCCUGCCUUUCCAUCACACCUCCCUGCCUUUCCAUCACACCUCCCUGCCUUUCCAUCACACCUCCCUGCCUUUCCAUCACACCUCCCUGCCUUUCCAUCACACCUCCCUGCCUUUCCAUCACACCUCCCUGCCUUUCCAUCACACCUCCCUGCCUUUCCAUCACACCUCCCUGCCUUUCCAUCACACCUCCCUGCCUUUCCAUCACACCUCCCUGCCUUUCCAUCACACCUCCCUGCCUUUCCAUCACACCUCCCUGCCUUUCCAUCACACCUCCCUGCCUUUCCAUCACACCUCCCUGCCUUUCCAUCACACCUCCCUGCCUUUCCAUCACACCUCCCUGCCUUUCCAUCACACCUCCCUGCCUUUCCAUCACACCUCCCUGCCUUUCCAUCACACCUCCCUGCCUUUCCAUCACACCUCCCUGCCUUUCCAUCACACCUCCCUGCCUUUCCAUCACACCUCCCUGCCUUUCCAUCACACCUCCCUGCCUUUCCAUCACACCUCCCUGCCUUUCCAUCACACCUCCCUGCCUUUCCAUCACACCUCCCUGCCUUUCCAUCACACCUCCCUGCCUUUCCAUCACACCUCCCUGCCUUUCCAUCACACCUCCCUGCCUUUCCAUCACACCUCCCUGCCUUUCCAUCACACCUCCCUGCCUUUCCAUCACACCUCCCUGCCUUUCCAUCACACCUCCCUGCCUUUCCAUCACACCUCCCUGCCUUUCCAUCACACCUCCCUGCCUUUCCAUCACACCUCCCUGCCUUUCCAUCACACCUCCCUGCCUUUCCAUCACACCUCCCUGCCUUUCCAUCACACCUCCCUGCCUUUCCAUCACACCUCCCUGCCUUUCCAUCACACCUCCCUGCCUUUCCAUCACACCUCCCUGCCUUUCCAUCACACCUCCCUGCCUUUCCAUCACACCUCCCUGCCUUUCCAUCACACCUCCCUGCCUUUCCAUCACACCUCCCUGCCUUUCCAUCACACCUCCCUGCCUUUCCAUCACACCUCCCUGCCUUUCCAUCACACCUCCCUGCCUUUCCAUCACACCUCCCUGCCUUUCCAUCACACCUCCCUGCCUUUCCAUCACACCUCCCUGCCUUUCCAUCACACCUCCCUGCCUUUCCAUCACACCUCCCUGCCUUUCCAUCACACCUCCCUGCCUUUCCAUCACACCUCCCUGCCUUUCCAUCACACCUCCCUGCCUUUCCAUCACACCUCCCUGCCUUUCCAUCACACCUCCCUGCCUUUCCAUCACACCUCCCUGCCUUUCCAUCACACCUCCCUGCCUUUCCAUCACACCUCCCUGCCUUUCCAUCACACCUCCCUGCCUUUCCAUCACACCUCCCUGCCUUUCCAUCACACCUCCCUGCCUUUCCAUCACACCUCCCUGCCUUUCCAUCACACCUCCCUGCCUUUCCAUCACACCUCCCUGCCUUUCCAUCACACCUCCCUGCCUUUCCAUCACACCUCCCUGCCUUUCCAUCACACCUCCCUGCCUUUCCAUCACACCUCCCUGCCUUUCCAUCACACCUCCCUGCCUUUCCAUCACACCUCCCUGCCUUUCCAUCACACCUCCCUGCCUUUCCAUCACACCUCCCUGCCUUUCCAUCACACCUCCCUGCCUUUCCAUCACACCUCCCUGCCUUUCCAUCACACCUCCCUGCCUUUCCAUCACACCUCCCUGCCUUUCCAUCACACCUCCCUGCCUUUCCAUCACACCUCCCUGCCUUUCCAUCACACCUCCCUGCCUUUCCAUCACACCUCCCUGCCUUUCCAUCACACCUCCCUGCCUUUCCAUCACACCUCCCUGCCUUUCCAUCACACCUCCCUGCCUUUCCAUCACACCUCCCUGCCUUUCCAUCACACCUCCCUGCCUUUCCAUCACACCUCCCUGCCUUUCCAUCACACCUCCCUGCCUUUCCAUCACACCUCCCUGCCUUUCCAUCACACCUCCCUGCCUUUCCAUCACACCUCCCUGCCUUUCCAUCACACCUCCCUGCCUUUCCAUCACACCUCCCUGCCUUUCCAUCACACCUCCCUGCCUUUCCAUCACACCUCCCUGCCUUUCCAUCACACCUCCCUGCCUUUCCAUCACACCUCCCUGCCUUUCCAUCACACCUCCCUGCCUUUCCAUCACACCUCCCUGCCUUUCCAUCACACCUCCCUGCCUUUCCAUCACACCUCCCUGCCUUUCCAUCACACCUCCCUGCCUUUCCAUCACACCUCCCUGCCUUUCCAUCACACCUCCCUGCCUUUCCAUCACACCUCCCUGCCUUUCCAUCACACCUCCCUGCCUUUCCAUCACACCUCCCUGCCUUUCCAUCACACCUCCCUGCCUUUCCAUCACACCUCCCUGCCUUUCCAUCACACCUCCCUGCCUUUCCAUCACACCUCCCUGCCUUUCCAUCACACCUCCCUGCCUUUCCAUCACACCUCCCUGCCUUUCCAUCACACCUCCCUGCCUUUCCAUCACACCUCCCUGCCUUUCCAUCACACCUCCCUGCCUUUCCAUCACACCUCCCUGCCUUUCCAUCACACCUCCCUGCCUUUCCAUCACACCUCCCUGCCUUGCCUCCCAUGGGUAUAGGGCCCCAUUAUUUACCGCUGUGA